AUGCGUCAUUCUCAGCUUUUCUCGCUAGCGGCGCUGAACAGCUCACUAUAGCAUGUUUGAGAAGUAAAAUAUUUGACAUAUGGUUAUAAUUCCCUGACGUUUCGAAACAUUAUACGAGAGUCGUCGACGUGAUUGAAAGAAUAUGCCGAAAAACAAAGGUAAAGGAGGAAAAAAUCGGCGGCGUGGUAAGAAUGAGAAUGAAUCUGAGAAAAGGGAGCUGGUGUUUAAAGAGGAUGGACAAGAAUAUGCUCAGGUCAUCAAGAUGUUGGGAAAUGGGAGAUUGGAGGCCAUGUGUUUUGAUGGAGUCAAACGGCUUUGUCACAUUCGAGGAAAGCUCCGGAAAAAGGUGUGGAUUAACACGUCAGACAUUAUACUCAUUGGAUUAAGAGACUACCAGGAUAACAAAGCAGAUGUAAUUUUGAAGUAUAAUGCUGAUGAAGCUCGGAGUCUGAAAGCCUAUGGAGAGCUUCCAGAACACGCCAAAAUCAACGAGACUGAUACCUUCGGGCCGGGUGAUGAUGAUGAGAUUCAGUUUGAUGAUAUUGGUGAUGAUGACGAGGACAUUGAUGAUAUCUAAGAGGAAGG